GACUCAAUUUCUUGUGAUAGAUCCGGGGGAGGAGCUGGGGGCAGGCAAUCCUGAGUGUCAGCGCACCGGUGCAUGCCUGGCACCCAGCACCGCACCUAGCUGGUGCUGCCACCCGGAAUGAUUUCUGGACUAGCCUGGCCCCUGUGCACCCAUGGUCUGAAGAAAGGGUUUUGCCCUGUUCUGUCUAAUAGGCUGAUCCUGCCUCUACUACAUGCCCCACUCCAGGCCUUAAGAUUGAUGCAGAAAGCUCUGGUCUGGAUUUCAGGGUGUCACAGAAUCAAAGUCUGCAAGGAGAGGGGACCAUCUGAGGGGACAGCUGGUGGCCAGUCUGAUUCAAUGUUCUUAUUUUACAGAUGGAGCAAUAAGGUCCAGAGAUCAGGGCUGGGGGUCUUGCUCACAUCUCACAGGAAAGGAGGGCAGAGCUGGGGCUGGAAAUGAGAAUUCCUGAUCCCAGGGCACUUCCUGGAUCUGCAUCUUCUCACCAGGAUGAACUCACUGGUUUGGAAGCUGAUGCUUCUCCUCUGUGCCACCUCCUUCAGGGAGACAUUAGAAAAGGUGGCACCCACGGAGAAUCCUAGAUCCACAGGCCAGCGGCGCGGACCCCUGGGCCUCGCAGAUGCCGGGGACCAGAGCCCAGGGUGCACGGAGGCGAAGCCAGCGGCUCGGCAGAGCGCUCGGGGCGCCUCGCUGUGCCCCCCUCCCGGGAGCCCCGCGGGGCCCCAAGCGCCAGGCCUGUGCGCCCCGCGCAGCCGCCUGAUCCCCGCACCCCGGGGCGCCGUGCUGGUGCAGCGGGAGAAGGACCUGUCGGCCUACAACUGGAACUCGUUCGGCCUGCGCUACGGCAAACGACAGACGGCGCCGCCUGGAGGCGCGGGGCGGCGCUGAGCACGGACGGGCCGGCAGUGAACUCCCCCCCCGACCCCCCCGGCCCGGGGUCGGGCUGCGGGGCUGCGGGGCGGGGCGGCAGGGCUGCGAGAGCGGGACUCGAGCUUUGUCCUGAGGCAAUAAAGGAGAUGCCGCCGACUCACCCGCGUGUGAUUUGUGGCCAAUUUUUGCCAACAGCGUUGUUGAGAUUGUUGCCCUUCUCUCCUCAAUUGGAUAAUCCCCUGGUUUUAAGAUGGCUUUGUUACCAAGGUCAGGGGUUUUCAAUAGAGUCUGGUGAAGGACCCGAUGCAGAUCAAUGCUUCUAAUCACAUACCCACACAAUGAAGAUGAAGCGCCAAAAAACUGAAAAACUUAAAAAUAACUAAUGAG